AUGUCUCUAAGCAACAACACAGAAAUAACCCAAGCCGCAACAAUCGCCGCCCUAACAAGCGAAAUAAUAAUCCACCCAAUGGACACAGUAAUAACACGAAUGCAAUCCCCAUUCUACAAAACAAUCUACAAACACGGCAACGGAACCCUCAGCCGCACCAUUUUCCAUGGCCUCUAUCAAGGCUUCGGACCAACUCUUCUAGCAGGCACACUCUCCUCAGCAGCAUUCUUCACAACAUACGAAGCCUCAAAGAAAACAUUCGAGAAUGCUCAAUCCGCUGGAUACAUGCUCGGUGUACCUCGAUCUAUCUUCCACGUUGCUAGUAGUGCACUAGCGGAACUUAUUGCCUGUGCGAUUCUUAAUCCGGCCGAGGUAUUAAAACAGAAUGCCCAGGUUAUCCAGAGACCUCCAUCACCACCUGUUUCUGGGACUGGAGUUAGAGGGUUACCUACGUCUCCAACAGUUGAGAUACUGAAACAGUUCCAGAAACAGCCAUCGAAACUAUGGACUGGGUAUACGGCUUUGGUGGCAAGUCAGCUACCCAGUAUAUGUCUGACAUUUUGUCUCUAUGAGAUGAUAAAAGAGACAUUACUUGAGCGAUGGAAACUUAAAAAGGAGAAGAAUGAUAUAACCCAGCAAUUACAGGCAACUAUUUUGAGUGCGGGUAUUGCGGGCGGUUGUGCAUCUUGGUUCUUUGUUCCUAUCGACGUGGUUAAGACCAGAAUGAGGCUUGCUGUUGGGAACCAUGCACAGACAGGGGUACCUCGGCUCGGUCUUGAUGGGGCGAAGGUCAACUUACAGCCUCGAGCUGGGGCUUUUGCUGUUGCUGGGGAUGUGAUCGACUUGACUACACCUCAAGGCUUCAAUUUCUCAACAAUUCACAAGAUGACAGAGGGAACACAUUCACUACCAGACGGCCUUGAGCUGUAUACCAAAACAUGGGAGACCAGCGGAUCUCCACAUGCCAUCUUGGCCUUUAUUCAUGGCUUCAGUGAUCACUGCAAUGCCUACUACGACAUGUUCCCAAACCUGGCGGAAGCAGGAAUUGAGGUCAGGUCUUUUGAUCAGAGAGGCUGGGGCCGCGAGGUCAAGAAAGCCAGCGACAAGGGCAACACAGGCCCAACACACAAAGUCCUCUCAGACAUGCACUCCUUCUUACUCUCCCUCCCGUCAGAGUCUACUACCCCUAUCUUCCUAAUGGGCCACAGCAUGGGCGGUGGCCAAACCCUCAACUACAUCCUCCACCCAGAGUCUCCAUAUAACAAAGACUCCAACCGGCCCAAGCUAACUGGAGUCAUGCUCUACUCCCCACUAAUCGCCAUUGACCCGUCCUCGCGCCCGUCAAAGUUCACUGUCGCUGCCGGGCGUCUUGUUGCCAAGGUUUUCCCGCAUAAGCAGCGGUAUUCCCCGCUUGACCCGAAACUGCUGACUCGGGUUGAGUCUGUUGUUGAGGAUAUCAUUGCUGAUCAGUUGUGUCAUGAUACCGGCACGUUUGAGGGACUGGCUGGUAUGUUGGAUCGGGGAUUGUGGCUGGAGGCGAUGUUUGAGACGGAAGCAUCGUCUGGGAAAUGGGUUGAGAGUUCGUUGCCUUUCUGGUUUGGUCAUGGCAAUGAGGAUCGUGUUACUAGUUACCCUGCUAGCAAGGCAUUUGCGGAGGAGAUGAAGAAGCGCGGGAAGGAUGUUACUUUUGUUACUUAUGACGGGGCUUAUCAUCGGUUGCAUUCUGAGUUGCCUGAGACUACGACGAAGUUUGUUGCUGAUGUUAGGGAUUGGAUUCUGGCCAAGGCGGAUAGCGUAUCUGCCCAGGGUGAGGGGUCCGGUGUUCAGAGUGAGGAUGCUGUUGAGGUUGACAAAGCGAAGCUGUGA